GCAAUGGCCUCCAAGCAGAUGAAGCAGAUGCUGCAUAUGAAUCAAGGACAAGGGGAAACAAGCUAUGCUCACAAUUCUGGUAUUCAGAUAGCCGAGCAGACGAGGAUGAAACCCCUAAUUGAAGCGGCCAUCAUUGAAUUAAUCAGUAGCACUAGCACCUUGGUGCCUGGUAAGAUGGUGAUCGCGGACAUGGGCUGCUCCACUGGUCCAAACGCGCUCACACUCGUAUCAAUUGCCGUCAAGGCCAUCCAAGAUCACUGUUUUCAGGUCCAACGACCACCACCGGAAGUGUGUUUGCUCCUCAAUGAUCUCCCUACCAACGACUUCAACACGGUGGUCAAGAGCCUAGUCAUGCUCCGUCAAAGCAACGAGCAUGUCGUCGUGACUGGUAUCACAUCGGGGUCAUUUUACGAGCGCCUCUAUACUAGCGGCUCUUUGCAUCUUGUCUGCUCUUCAAACAGUUUGCACUGGCUCUCAAAGGCUCCUGAAGAUCUGUCCAGGAAUCUCAUCCCAGCAUACGACAUAAACGAGGAUGCUAGGCGUCAAAGGCAACAUAUAGUGCUUGAGGCUUAUGCAAGACAGUUUAGGAAAGAUUUCACACUCUUCCUGAAGCUGAGAGCCAAAGAAUUGGUCCCAAAAGGACGAAUGGUUGUUUCCCUGGUAGGGAGGCGUUCUGAUGUAACCUCCACCAAAUUCUCUUACCUUUCAAGAACUAUAUCUCAGAUUCUAAGUGACAUGGUCUCCGAGGGUGUGAUCGACAAAGAAAAGUUUGAUUCUUUUUAUGUGCCGGUGUAUGAACCUUCCAGUAAAGAGGUGAGAGAGAUCAUCCAAGAAGAGGGCUCCUUUUCCAUCCAUGAGAUGCAGCUGCAUGACCCUACAACCGAUAUGAACAAUGCUCUUAGCACCCCAAGCAAGUUCGUCAAUCUCCUGAGAGCUUUAUGUGAGCCGAUAUUAGUCCAACAUUUUGGAGAUGUCAUGUAUGAAUUCGUGAGCGCCGCGGAGCGUCACUGGGGCCUGGAGGGCAACUUAUUAGAUCCGGCCAGCAAGCACCAGGAGAAGGCACCCGGAACCAGGCUGGCGCGGUGGAUCAGGCUGGAUUACCAGGCGACCCGGCCCCAGGAGCCGAAGCCGCUGCCACCCCGGGCGCUGCCGUCCAGGCUCUGGACCCCCGCCGCCACCACGAGCCGCCGGCCGAAGCCACCGCCGUCCCGUGGGCCGUCGUCCAGGCCUGAGAUCCCCGCCGCCACCGGUAGCCGCCGCCCCUGGAACGAAGCUGCCGCUCCGGUAACCGCCGCCACGGGAACCGCCGCCGUCAGGCGCAAGAUCCCCGCCGCCCCGGGAACCGCCACCGUCCAGACGCAGGGUCCCCGCCGCCACCUUUAUCAAGGCCACAAGCUAGUGCCGUGGCUCCCUCUGGCAACGGCGGAGGAGAGGGAGAGAGGGGGAAAACGCGGCGGUGGCGGUGCUAGGGUUUCCCCUGAGUCGCUAGGAUAG